CGAACGUCUGCAUACCGAUCGUCAGUUUUUUAUUCCCGUCGUCCGUGCACGCGGCGCGCAAGUGUGAGUGAAACAACUAGUGUGCGUAACUCGCCGCGCCAUUGUUGUGUGCCAGCCAGUAAAGGCAAAGACAUCGCCGUGUUCAGUCGUUCCGGCUGUCGAAUUGUAGUUCCGUUUGCCGGCGAAAAUAAUAAGUGUGUGCAUCGCGUGUGUAAGUGAGUGAUAAGAAUGGUGUUGUGAUAAAGGGUGGCUCGUGUUGGAAAAUCGCGUGGACGCGAUGCUAGCUUUGUUUAGGUCAAACCCGGCACAAAAUCGAACGGAAAACCUCAUUACUCUAAGUUCAACCUGACAUCAGUUAACUGUGAUCUCAUUUAGUUACUGACUUAGUGUUAUGGAUGACAGAUAGUGUUCUUAAGAUGGGAUAAUGGGAGACGGUAGCUGAAGAUGCCUCAUGCACACUCGAGUUCUGCAGCCAGCUCGGGCGGUGAUGACCUCGGCUCCACGGACGAGGUCAAGGUUUUCAAGGACGAAGGAGACGGGGAAGACGAGAAGAGGAGUUCGGAGAACCUUCUGGAGGAGAAGUCUAGUCUUAUCGAUUGGACCGAAAGUGAGGAAAAAUCCGGCGAGCCUUAUUCCGGUAAAUUAUCGGUUAAGUCGGAUCUAAGUCCUGUUUUUGGUAAAUUUGAGCCACAUCCGGCCGCAAGUUUCAACAUGGGCUACCUCAUGGCGCCUUACCCUUAUCCCAACGGUGGGGCUCAUCCCUUACCCGUCUCUAUGACGAGUAAAAUGGGCCUACCAGCGGGAGGUGGACUCUCUCUCUUCUGCCCUGGAGGAGACCUAGGUCAGCCGCCCCCAGCACACAUGGGCAUCCCGCCCCCCUACCAGCUUGACUCAAAACUAGCUGCGGGUUUGGCGCGUACGCCCAUGUACCCGUUUCCCGCGGGAACUUACCCCUACCCCAUGCUCAGUCCUGAGAUGUCACAGGUUGCAGCCUCAUGGCACACUCCGAGCAUGUACCCUAUAUCUUCGGCGGCGAGUGGUUUCCGGAGUCCGUACCCCACCUCGCUGCCAAUACCAAGUUCUAGUCUAUCAAGCGAAUUGUACCGGUUUUCCCCCACACUGGGUGGUGGCCUCGGCCUAGGGCUUGGUCCCGCGCUCGUACCCCCACCUUCCUCCAAAGCAGACCUGGAUUCACACCAUUCACGGUAUGCAAGGUCAUUAGAAAAGGGCAAUAGCAGUAGUGCGUCCGAUAAGCCCAGCGAGAGUUCAGCGAAUUCAAACAACAAGGAGCAGAAUAAGAAGCCACAUAUAAAGAAACCACUCAACGCCUUCAUGCUCUACAUGAAGGAGAUGCGGGCGAAAGUGGUGGCUGAAUGCACGCUGAAGGAAUCCGCCGCAAUCAACCAAAUUCUCGGCCGACGGUGGCAUUCGUUGACUCGAGAGGAGCAAGCAAAGUACUAUGAGAAAGCGAGACAAGAACGACAACUACAUAUGCAGCUUUACCCGGGCUGGAGCGCACGCGACAACUACGGUUAUGGUUCGAAAAAGAAAAAACGGAAAAAGGACCGCAGUCCUGCCGAGCUGGGAGGAAAUAAUUUGAAGAAAUGUCGGGCGAGGUACGGUCUCGACCAGCAAAACCAAUGGUGCAAGCCCUGCAGGCGGAAGAAAAAGUGCGUGCGCUACAUGGAAGCCCUGGCAGCAGCAUCCGGGACCAUGCCAAUGCCGAUGGCGAUGCCACAGUCACCAUGUUCUGAAGAGGACGUUAAACUGGAGGAAAUGUCUGACGCUUCUAGCGAAGGCGAUGCGGAUACGCCUCUGAAUUCGGCGUCGAGUCCCGGUGGGUUGAGUGCUCUGUCGUCUCUCGCGUCCCCUGCGUCCGACCCGCCACCGAAUCCCCCGAGGAAUCCCGUCGGAACUAACCCUCGAGACGCAAAUAAUCCCCUCUCAGUGGGGCAGUUGACGUCGCAAUCUUGGCCGCGAGCCGCUCAAGCGAGACCGGGCCAUGAAGUCAUAUCGGUGUCAUAGUGCCGGUGGAGCCCGGGUGCCUGCCGAACCACGGCCAUCGCUCUCCUAGUCUGAUGCUGAAGAAUUCAUGGCAUUGGUGUAACAGAAACGUAAAAUAUGUCUAUAAGAUGUAAGAAUUCCAGAUCUUUUGCAUUCAAUAUUGUUUUGUUUAUUUACUGAAAAACUUUGAAGUUAUAAAACGCCAUCUUUGUUUCGGUUCUGGAACUAUAGAGAGACAUCUAUGUUUCUAUUACGGAACUAUACAGCGCCAUCUAGGAGUAACGAGCUGUGUUGGUUGUGAUUGUGAUACAAGGAUAGGUACACUUUUUGUAGGUAACACCGCUAUGAACUUUUUGUAGUAAUAACUACCUCUGGUCCGACGAGAUUGUAAUGGAAUAGGUUUAAUAAAAUGAUGUCAAGAGAUACCGGCAUCUCAUUGCGCAUGAUACAAAAAUGCAUUUAAGUAAAGUAAAAGCACCUUUAAUAUUUUGAUAUUACCUUUAACGCCAUCUUUCUCAGAUUAUAGUAAACUACUAUUAAGUUUCAUGUUUGCUUUUGGCAAUUAUAAUGCAACUAUGGCCUAAUAUUUUUUGUUCUUUGUUGUUGUACAUAUAAAUUUGUUAUAAUGUGCGGUGUUUCUUGAAAUCAUGCUGUGUUAUAUUUCAUGGGGAUGUUUUGACAAUAUCUUAUGCUUUUAAAGGCACGGGAGCAUGCGGUAUUCCCAAUAGAAAUUAUCACAAUUAUUAGUCGACAUUCAAUGAUCUCAAAAUUGCAAGUCCCGAUUCAGUCGUUUGCAUUUUUGUGGUUCAUAUCAAAUUCAAAUGUAUAAAAUAUUAUGAUAUUCAUAAAGUUUCUUUGGUGAAAAUGCUGCAAUGUUAUUCCACUCACUAUGAAUAACUUAACUUUUUAUUAUUAUUAUUUUCUAAACUUGAGUCUGUCAUUUAUGAGUAGACUGUCCCCUGAAAUCAAAUAACUAGUAUUUUUGCGUUUAAAUAGUGAAAGGCCUUCUUUUUAUUUUUAAUUUUUCUCAUCACACCAUAAUAUUUAAAUGAGUUCAUAAUAUCUGUGAGUGUAACAAUUUUAAUUUUGUUAAUAUGCUUUCGGUUAAAUAAUGAUCUCAUUCUCAAGCAGAAUUUUUGUCUACCAAAACUAAAAUUUUUAGGCAUUUUUAUUUGCUACUAAAUCGCCUGAAAUCCUCUCAUAACAAAGCGUAAUAUUUUAUGCAAAUUGUAAAUGUUAUAUGAACCCGUACUAUAGUCAUACUGUUUCUAGCCUAUCGAAAAUAAGACAUUUGUUAUAAAAUACCUUGAGGUUUUUUAAGUCUUGAUUUUGAUUUGUGUGAUAAUGAAAUGUAUCUAUUGGCUUUCUGUAUUUUAGGUCACAUGUUUCAUGAUAUAAUCACUACACAAAUGUACAUCCGUGAUGAACAGUCUAAAGAAAUUGUCUGUUUUUUAAGUAUCUAUCUAGAUUAAUCAUAUAAAAUAACUUUAUAAAAUCUUUUUAUACAUAACGUGAUAUAUUUGUGGAAGCCACUAGUACAAUAUUUUCAAGCCAAUUUGAUACACCAUACAUAAUGCUCUCUCAUCUUCUUGCAUUUACGGCACUUUGUACAAGAUGUGAUUUAUUUCACUUUAUGUAUAUUAUUUUAACAUUUUAACUCAUAAUUAAAAAACAUAGAGUAUUAAAAUGUAAUUGAAAAUUUAAACAAACCAACUUUAAUACCAAUUCUUGCAUGAAAACUUUUUAUUCUGUGUUCCAUGAUUAUGAAUUUUAAUAAAAGUAUUAAAAUUACAAGUGAACGAGCAAACUUGAGGUUCCAAUUUUAAACUGAUGUUAUAAAUAAAAAUUUAUUUUACCGAAAUAUUAUUUUAUUAUUUUCCACAAUGAGCUCACAGCGUCGAAAUUGAAUUUGCAUGCAUUUAAAUUUAGAAACAAUGAUUUUUUUUAAUAUUUCAUAUCUUGUACCAAUGAGUACCACACGAUUACAACGGCCUGCACCAUAAGGUUCCAUGUAGCGAUAGAAUAAAAACUUAAGAUUAUAAUUUUCCCUUCGCGUAAUAUGUAAAAAGUUAUGUUAAGUCGCUGCGGAGGGAAAGACGUUUUUCCGUUGUACGGAAUUUAGACUGUCGUAGGUUAAAAUUGACGCAUUGUACGAGUACAUUUAUUGAUAUAUUGUAUUAAAUUGCCCUUGAAUACAAUAUUAAUUAAAGAUUAAGCAUCUUAAAUUAAUAUUUAAUUAUGAAAAUUAUAUUUAUUAUUAAACAAUAUGAAUAUAUAUAUAUAUACAUUAUUCUAGAUAGUCCAGAGUCUUUGACUAGAUGUACCCAUUGAUUAUUUUAUAUAACGCGCAAGAAAUACGUUUAUGUUUUUCGGAGUUGCUGUUACACACAUAAGAAAAUUUUUAAAUUUUUGUUUUGGAAAAGUUUAAAGAUUUUCAUAAACUUAUUAAGUUCAUAUAGAUAUCUAGAAAAAGGGCAUUUCCGUACAAUAUAUGUAUAUCUCUGUAUAUGUGUAAGUACAUACAUGAUGUAAAUGUAUAAAAAUUAGGUUUAAUCUAACUGUGUCAUAUUAGGUUCUAAGUGUACUAUGCUACUUACUUAUACAUAGACUAUUAAAAAGUUUAAGAAAAAUAUUAGUUGAUUGAAUACUGACUCAAACGAAAUUAAAAUUUAUUGUAAACCUCUGAUUAUGAUUUUGUGGGGCGUUGGGACAUCUCGGGUCACGUUCAGUUAUACUACAACGUCAAUGGCUCUGUGGGUCAAAGUUCGACAUAUUUCGAAAUGAAAUGCACAGGUUCAUAAGAAAAAUAUAUCCAUAUUUAUUAUUUUACAAAAUUUUACAAAAUAAAUAAGUAGUAAACCAGUUUAUAAUUCAAUAGAUCCUGUAAGAUUGUUUUAAACAUAAAUUGUUUUGAUGAUAACCUUACAUCGCGCUAUGAUGCCUUGUAAUAUUCGUAAAGGAAAAAAGUAAGAUGAUUUGAUAUAUAAUACUAGUGGACGACCGUGUAAUGCCAAAAAUCACCAUAAACCCGUUCCCGCGAGAAUUUCGGGAAGAAAGCAUAACCCGACGCCAUUAAGUAUAAUUAGUCUUGGUUAUGACGUCUUUUAUCUUCUAAAACAAGUCGAUUUAUGUUUGGAAAUAGUGCAGAAUUUUCAAAUUUAUAUAAUUUAUAUUAGUUUUGCUUGAAACAAUGGACUAGUGCUCUCAUUGACAGGACUGAAGUGGAGCCCGGAGUGAUGCGGCAUGUUCAGGUUUUUGAAGGGAACCUAACCCGUAUUAAUUUACUAUUAAUACCUGUAUUAUUUCUGUCCAAAGUAAAUUGUAGUCAUCGACCCUUUUAAGUUAGGGUUAAACAUUACUUUUGUCUUUUACAUGUUCAUCUUCAGACCCACAAUAAGUGACGCGUGUUGUGAUGGAGUUCAGUAAUCAUGUUUUUUGCUUUUAAAAUAUAGAUAACCUACUUAUUUCCUACGUAAUAAUGUAAUUCAAUGUAAAUUUGAAUUUCCUUAUGUGACAAGUUAAUGAGAAAAAGCAGAGCCGUCCGAGAUGACCCACGCUUCCCAACCCAGAGUAUAUUAACUGGUCAAAUGUAAAUAAAUUUGUAAUUCGCAAGUAGAACAUUUUUGGUAUAAAGAAAUAUUGCAUUUAUAUAUGAUAAUUAUUAUGAAAAUACGUUUAAUUUCCCUCGGAAUGUUCUUGAUGGUUUGUUUUCCAACACACAACAUUUUGUUAAUUACUUUUUAUUGUUAUUAUUAAGAAUUUUAACGUUGUUAACACAAUAUGAUCCCUGUACUAAGCAAUUUGAUUUCGAAAUUGUGGAUGCAGUGAUUAAAUUUUUUUAUCGAUGACAAUUUGAUUACAAAAAAUUAUGAUUGACAAAUAAAAUAGCUACACUUAUACAAUUUGACCACUCAAUUAUUGGCAAAUGAUGUUCUUUCAUCAGUCGUUGCAUGAAAAAAGACUUGUGCAAUAAAUGACUUUAUUAUGGGUACUGUAUAGUUUUCUAAAUAUUAUCUAGAAUUUCUUAAAUUUAAUUUUAAGGUUUUCUUUUCCUAAACUUAAAAAAUCUUUAAAUAGAAUUUGAUGUUUUUUUUUUUUGACAAAAUAUGAUAUGAUUUUUCGUCGCUCAAUGAUUUUCUUAUGAUUUUUUUUCCUUUAUUAUCACAUACAUUAUUAAGCGAACGCGUGCCAAAACCAUCUAGAACUUACAGGAUUGCCAGGGAAUUUUAUUUAUUCUAUUAUUAACACUAUUAUAAUAACAAAUGAAGAAAAUUGCAUGAACCAUUAAGGAAUAUUUUUAUUUUAUUACACGUUGUUAAUUUUAGUGUUAAUAAUGGGAGAAUAUGUUAAUGGACAGUAAUAAUUUAUAAUAUAAUUAUCUGUGCCAAAUUUAACUAUACAUGUAAAACCGUUUGGUAAUUGAUAACACUGGAAGGUCUUUAUGUUGAUAGAUUUUAUAGGUUGUUUUUAUUGUUAAGAGGCAACACAGCUGCUUCAAUGAGCUGGGUUUUUUUUUUGUAGAAAAAAUGUCAAAUUAGAAAACUCAAUUAUUAGGUCUGUUCCCGUAACUUGUGUUCAGUUGAACGAAUAUUAUUUUAAUAAACAACUUAAAAAUG